AGGCCAUGGUCAGGCAGUUUCAAGGCCACACAGAUGGGGCCAGCUGCAUUGAUAUCUCUAAUGAUGGGGCACGGCUGUGGACCGGGGGCCUGGACAACACUGUUCGCUGCUGGGACCUUCGUGAGGGCCGGCAGCUCCAACAGCAUGACUUUAGCUCCCAGAUAUUCUCCUUGGGCCAUUGCCCCACGGGUGACUGGCUGGCGGUGGGCAUGGAGAGCAGCACCGUGGAGAUCCUGCACGUCAGCAAGCCAGACAAGUACCAGCUGCACCUGCAUGAGAGCUGCGUCCUCUCCCUCAAGUUUGCCUCGUGUGGGAGGUGGUUUGUGAGCACGGGGAAGGACAACCUGCUCAAUGCCUGGAGGACACCAUACGGAGCCAGCAUCUUUCAGUCAAAAGAAUCCUCCUCAGUUCUGAGCUGUGACAUCUCCACGGAUGACCAGUUCAUCGUCACUGGCUCGGGGGACAAGAAGGCCACGGUCUAUGAAGUCAUCUACUGAUGAGGUGGCCUCCACACUGGCUCCCCCCACCCCCAAGCCCGUCAGUCAGCGACAUCCCAAAGAAUCCCUGGGGCUCGGGAGGAAGCCCCUGCCCCCACCCCAGAAUGGGAACUCUGGACAUUUUGUGUGGUCUUUGGUGUUUAUUUUUCUACUUCAUGGGUUCUGUUUUUUUGGCGGGAGGGUUUGUAGGCCCCCGUCUUUAGGUUGUAUUUAAUAAAAUGCCAGAGGCACGUG